GCUGCCAGCCUGACUUGACUCCUAUUUGUUGUUAAAUGUUACCAUGUUGCCUGGCAGUGAGGCGCCGGCAACACAUGCACCCCUGCCUCACGCCAACAAGUAUAAUUUACAGGCACAGCAGAGAGGCCGUGAGCCUGUGUGCCGUGUGCGUGGUGCUAUAUAAAGUAACUUAUAUGAAGUGUAACGCUAAUAAACAGGAUGAAGUCACCUUGAGAUCUGUACGUGACUCUACAUAUGCUAUGAGUGUGUUUCUGGAGGUCUGGUAAAUGAAGGUUGGCCGCUCAACCCUCCAUCCUCUGGUCCGUUCAGCAUUGCCCGGCGGGGUGACCACCACAACUCAGCAGGAAUAGUAACUGUAUAAGGCACCAUGAUGCCCCAGGUGGUGAGGGCACUUGCCCUUCUUGUCAUCUUGGCAGGGGUGGCCUGGUGUGAGUUUCACCCCAUUGAUGUGGAGCCGAUGAUGAAGAAGGAACAAGCAGAUUUUGAAGAUGACACAGGUCUGGGCAUAUUGGCACCUGUUGGCAGCGGUGAUCAAGCUCCCAACUCAUCUAAUAAUAAAGACAAUGACAAGAAGGAUGGGGAAAUGAACUUUAUGAAUGCCUUUGUUGCGGCACUGAGCAUGAUCAUUGUGACAGAACUUGGAGACAAGACUUUCUUCAUUGCCGCCAUCAUGGCCAUGAACCAUGCCAGGCUGACAGUGUUUGGUGGGGCUAUGCUUGCUCUCACCAUCAUGCACAUUGUUUCAUCAUUCUUUGGUUAUGUUAUAACAUGGAUCCCAAGAGUGUACACUUUCUAUGCAUCAAGUGCACUUUUUGCCAUCUUUGGCCUCAAGAUGCUGCGAGAGGGCUGGAAGAUGAAGCCAGAUGAGGGACAAGAAGAGAUGGAGGAAGUACAAAUGGAUUUACGACGUAGAGAUGAAGAAUUGCUGGCACAGGUGGAAGGUGAGGGAGGAAAGGAAGAGGAGGAAGCUACCGAAUUUCGGGUUGAGAGGGAGUGCGUGGAGGAGGGUGGGUCAAGUGCUAGAAGAGCCCCACGGAAGACACAUUUGUUUGGGUGGGUGCCUCGGAUUUUCCUCCAGGCCCUCACCAUGACUUUCCUGGCUGAGUGGGGGGACAGAUCUCAAAUUGCCACAGUUGUAAUGGCAGCAAGAGAGGAUGUGUAUGGUGUAGUGCUUGGAGGAUUGCUUGGCCACUUCCUGUGCACCGGCCUGGCAGUAAUUGGUGGCCGCUUGAUUGCCAGUAAAAUAUCUGUCAGAACAGUGACAAUCAUAGGCGGUAUUACCUUUUUGGUGUUUGCAGCAUCUGCCUUGAUAAUUGGGCCUUGAAAAUAGUGUCCACUCAUCGCUACACUUGAGGUGGGAGUUGUGUUGUGCAAUCAUUGUUAUGUUCACACUUUAUUCAAAGAAUCCUAUAGCCAUUCAUACAAACUCAGCUAGAGAAAGACAAUGUGCUAUAUUUGUACUGUAGUUUAUUUUUUUACUUUGUAAAUUAUAAGCUGCUGUGGUGUUGUGUGGUAGAAACUUCCAGGGCUGAAAUGUUGCUCUUUUAGCCAUUGGUAUAGGGAGUGUUGGCCACAGAAUAUGAAGUAACUUAAGCUUCACAUAUUCUCAUAUAAGUUACCAUGUCAUUGUGGAUUGUACCUAUACUACAUUGUUAUUUUCAGUAGUAAUAAUUAUGUUUCAAGAACAUGUGCUACUGGAUGUGCAGUGUCAUAUUUUUAAUGUAAAAUAUUUUCAAUUUUUUGUGUUGAGACAGUAAUGCCAUCUUUUUAGCAGUUUAGGAAUUUUCACUUAGUUACUUAAACUUCAUGCCUCAUGUGAUACAGAACCCUGCCCAUGAACUGGAUCAAAAAUUAGAAUUUGUGAUGUAUUACAAGCACUGAAUCAUUUAUCUGGCUUCUAGAAAUUUGGCUGUUUUGAAAGACUGGUUCUUCAUCUGGUGGACUUGUGACAGUUUACUGCUCAUGUCUUUAUUUCAGUUUGGCUUGUUUGGUGCAUGGCAGUUUAAGCUGCACAUACAUAACCAUUUCUACAAUUUCAUAAUCAUUUGUCACAAUUCAUCACAGUUUUCAUUUGAUAUCAUGUGGAAAGCCAACGAAAAGACAGCCUGCUCCUUGAUAACCUCAAAGAAAGGAUGUGGCUUUUGAUAUUUUGAAGAAAGUAAUGUUUCCCAUGAAACUUGAUGAAGAGUGCUCCAAUGUGGCAUGUAGUGGAUACUUUGGUAUUGGGACAUCUUUUAUAUAUGAUAUUAAAAAGUAGAAGAAACUCAUUCAACUGAAAUUCUACUGAGACAGUUUUUUAAUUGAAUGAAUAAACAUCUGAAAACUUUGCAUCAGUUUAAAAGUGCAGAAUUGGAUAGAGUGUCACUUGAAUGGAUUUGCUAGCAUCAGACUGGAAAGUUUCAUGUUGAAACUGUGUCACCCACAGGUUUCACUAAUGGCUCUCAGGCUGGUGUUGCAUCCUUUAUUAUAGACAGUGGAUCCCUGUUGUUAUAAUCUUCACAUUGCAUUUUCACAUUGUGUGUUGAAUAUUUUCUACUAUGUGUGGCUGUAUUAAUUUUUUGCUGCUGCCAUGCCCUUUAUAACCUUCCUUCUUGAAAAGACCACCAUGGCAUUUCCUUGUGCAGUGGUGAAAAAUGCUCACAUGUGAAUGUCUUGUAAGGGAGAGUAAAGGGGAAAAGAGAUGCAUCUGGAAGGAUAUUGGCACUCUCAGGAAGAGAGAUGAGGAUUGGGAUUGUGAGCAUGCAAACUAUGGUGUGGUGACAUACAGUGUUGUCUGCUUUAAGGCUGUCAAGUGGAUUAAUAAAGAUCAUACCACACACUCUACAGCCAAAUUGUGACAGUAGUGCCAUAUCCCUUGCACAUGAUAGGAGGCCACUGAAAGAAAGAGAGGGAUUGAGGAAAUUGGAAAUCCCUUGCUCUGUAUUUUAAUUUUUCCAGGGAGACAAAGUGUGUCAUCUUAUCUGGCUCCCUGUUUUUAAGGGAUCUCAUCCUGAUAUGUAGUUAAAUAUAUACAUUUGUGUUGAACCCUGCUCAAAAAACCUGAAAGUUGAGAAAUUUAAAUCAUCUCCAGUCCUGACAUUGCUGGAUAAAUGGUACAGUACUUGUGUGCACAUGUUAUUCCAUUUGUCAUUCUAAAUAUCUAUAGAGACUAGACUUAAAAAUUAUUGUUACAUCUUUUAUUUCCUAUUUAUUCUUUUUUUAUUCAAUUCUUUUGCAUGUAAAGGAGACUGGUCAAAGACAACACUUCUAAGGAAAAGAUAUGUUCAAUCUUCAUUUCUGAAAAGCAGGUAGUAAUUGAGUCCCCAGAGAAGGCCAGUUUCCUUGUGUCCCUGUCUUGACCCUCCUUUCUAAAAUUAAUUUAAAUUGUAAGACAGAUAGACAAAGGUAGUGUUCCAGAGUUAACUUGUAGUGGGGCUUAUAGAAUGGGAUGUACUGUUUGGCAAUAAUAGGUUUAAUUUUACAAUUGUUAGCAUUUUCAUAAAAAUUCAAGAUACUGAGAUGAAAGUAUUAUUGUGUUAAUGUCACUGUGUUGUGAAAAUGUUUUGAGGCUGCUCAGAAAAAAAAUUAUGAAGGUGAUCUUUCUUUUCCCCUGUAUAUGGCAUGUUGCUAUUACGGGUUGUAUUUAGCACAGCAUCAGGAAAGGUAAAUGGCCAUUGUAAUGGUCUCAUUCACUGAAUCUGGUGAUGUGUAUUCAUGCAAUGUGUCUGGCUUCAUUUCAUACCCUUCCUUAUAUGUAUAAAUCAUACUGUGAUUGGCCUGUGAGUGACAUGGUUAUGUUUUUAAGGGAUGGGAAGGGAGGCUUGGUAGAUGUAUGUAUCUGUGUGCAUGUGCUUGGGGUUGUGUGUGUGUGUGUGUGUGUGUGUGUGUGUGUGUGUGUGUGUGUGUGUGUGUGUGCUUGCAGUUGUGUAUAUGUGCAUUUGAGAGAGAGAAGGAAAGGACAGAUAGAUGAACGCGCGCGCACACACACACACACACACACACACACACACACACACACACACACACACACACACACACACACACACACACACACACACACACACACACACACUCAUGACCCAUCCCAGAUCACCACAGGAAGUGGCCACUUCAUCUGAUACUGAUCUCUCUCUACUCGUCUUUUCCCUAACAAGGUCUGUAUACCUGGAUGUUGUAUUCUUAUAUAUAUGAUACUUUUCUGGUUAGUCUAAAAGAAUGUAUGAAGUGUGUGUGUUGGGGGGGGGCUGUGGCUGGGGUUGGGCAAGUGGAAGCUUCUUAUUUUAGCUUCCUUUCUUUGCUGGGAAGGUCAGCUGGAUAUAUGUACAUUUAUGUAUAAAUACAAAACAUGUAUGUUAGGGAAGGGGUGCUUGUGUAUUUUCUUAUUUAUUUGAUUUUCAUUUCAUAUAAUUUAACUUAUAAUUCUGAAGUUGUUCCCUCCAGUACUUUUAACAUAACACUGGGAAAUGCAGCCCAGAGUUAUCAAAAGCUGGGGACCAACCACUGCCUUACAUGCAUGCACAACUCAUCAAUAGCACUGUACCAAACCAAACCAGAGACCUCACUCCUAAUUCAUCUUGCAAUGUUUUCUCUCCUUUUUGUCAGUUGGCUGAUUUUGUAAAUAGGUGGUGGCUUGGUGGGUGAAGUAAAAAGAAAACUAAUAAGUAAAUGAAAGUUUCAUGUUAUAUGAGUUUCAUAAAGAUCUUGGUACUGAAUGAUUAUUUACAAGCUGGUUAUCAUCAUCAUCAUCAUCAACUUCUAUGACUCAACUGCAGGACAAAGGCUUCCUCCCCAGUGGUUAGAUGCUUAUACAGGGAAGGCAAGUCAUUUUAAUGGGCUGUAAAAGAUUGAGAGAGUGAGAGAGGAAAAUAUGGAGUUGUAGUUUUCUCUAGUCUCCAUUCAUGUUCUUGUUAAUUUAGCAUUCUCUGCAGUAAAUUAUUUAUGGCUUACUUCAAACAGUAUUUUAUCAAGAUUUUUUUUUUAUGUGUUAAAAUGUGAAUGUAUGACUUUUUUCAGUGCUGCAUUUUAUGAAGUCUUAUUACUGUGUGUUAUACUUGUCACUGAAAAUGUGUUAGUAUUGUUAAGGGAAUGUCAUUUGGUUCUCAUAAAAAAAUAAGUAUAAAGUAUGAUUCAUAAAUAUAUCAGUAUCAUGAAAGGAGAAAUAUCAGAGCCAAAAUUGGUAUUUUACAAGUAUAAGGAUUUUAUGGUUUUGCUUAUGUGCAAAGAUUAUUGUUAUGAAAGUGUUUUAUUCAUUUGUUAGAAAUGUUUUACAUUAUCAUUAGCUGUAUCUGAAGUAUAGGGAAGCACCAGAGCAAAGAAAACUGGAAACGACUGUAUGACAUAUACUUCACCCAAGUGAAGUAUAUGUCAUGUAUUAUGAUGCUCACCUACUGUGUGCACUCAACAUUUUAUGUCAACCCUCAAUUCUCCAGACUUUAUAGACAAAGGCAAUGAAAUAAGGUGAUGAGUGAUCAGCUGUCCACCUAUGGGGUGCAAGCUUUCUGCCUUAGAUAACCUGCAUGUAGAUCUUAUUAUCUGGUGUUUUAUUUACUAUAAUUUAAUGCAUUACUUAACCAGUAACAUUUUCAAAAUAUUUUUUUUUUUAUGAAUUAUGAAAACCAUUUUUGGAUUGCAAAUCCAAAAACAUGAGGAGUCUGGAAUACUCCAUGGUACCUACUUUUACUUUAUAUAAAUUCAGAAUAAAUUAUAAUUUUGUUUAUUUGUUCUCUUUAUUUAUUUAUCAUAUUUCACUAAUUGAUUUAUUUGUUUAUUUUUUGUUGCAUUUGUGUGUGUGUUUGGUAUGAGAGGUAAGAGCAGUAACAAUAGCAAUGGGCUGAAAUCCAUAGAUGACCAAGUCAUCAAUGUAGGCUGUUAUUUAGCAUUAUAUUGUAAUUCCUUUCAUUGUUGAUUGUAUGCCAUAUCAGCCCUAUAAAGCACCCUAAUAAAUUGUUAUAUAAAAAUUGCCUCUAUGUUAUUGCAGAAAACACUACACAAUUGACUGGAUAUUACUACACAUUUUGUGUUGCAUACUGUCAUUAAUUUUGUGUUGUAAGAUGUAUACAUCUUCUGUUCAUUUCAAAUACAGGUCAACCAUCACUAAUCCACCAAUCACCAAUCCAGAACUAAUUUUGGCUAGUGUAAUUUCAAAUUUCCCAUGUUGCUGUAUCAACCUACCACUGCUACUAUUUGUUAGUGCUACUUAGCAGCUCUUUUAAACACCAAGAAACAUUUCCAAUUUGUUUUCUCCAUUUAUUAAACCUGCUUAGUUUUACCUUCAGCUGUGGCUCCAGUGACUAAAGGAAAUUAUUCUUCUUCUGUAUAUUAUCCAUAAAAGAUAAGGUUGAACUUCUGAAAAGACUCAACAGCAGUGUAUCUGUGCAAAGUUUGUGUGAAUUAUACAGCAUUGACUCUUCAACAGUUUAUGACUUAAAGAAACAAAAGAAAAAUUUCUCUCUUUGCUAACAGUCUGGGCUGUAGUGAUAGCAGUGCAUGAUCCCUGGUGAGACUAUAUACAUGGGACUCUUGUGAGGACUGUUGAUCUGAUGAUGCUUUGAGGCUAAGAGAGAUGUUGAGAUGGGUUAGGUAUUGGGUGGAGUUGUAGAUCAUAGCUUUAUUGUGAAUAGUUCAGAAAUAUCAGGGUCAUUCAUUUGGGCUUUUCUGAUGGCUGUGUAAUCUUCAGAUCAAGAAAACCCAGUUAGUAGCACUGCAUUCUAUAUGAGAAAGGUUUUAUGGCAUAAGACACAAGUUCCAGGUUCCAGGGAACUCACUUAAUGUAGCAUUGCUCUUCAUAGUACUAAAUCAUUAAACUCUUGGAAACCUUCACAUACCAUGGUUAUAAAGGUCAUAACAAUGGUAGGUCUCAUAAAGUCAUCCAUUGGAGUUGCAUAACCCAUAGUAUUGUGGAUGUAGGUUUAAGGGAUAUUUGACAUCAAUAUGUGUGCUGGAGACAGAAUUUUGAUCUUCAGACUGCUGAUGCUCCAUGUCUUGUUUUAUUCCUGAAUGACUUGUACACUACAGCAGGCAAAAAAAAAAAAAAAAAAAAAAUAGCAAUGUCUCUGGUAACAAGUGCCUUCACAGUCAUGAGGUUUGACAGUUACUGAUAUGGCUCUGGAUUGUGUGGCCAAUUGACCUGUGUUGUUAUGAGCAGAUAUAUUCAAAGUUACAUGUGAUUAUAGAAAUCUGAAUAGCUUUGUGGUCUGUUUCACUAGACAACCCAUUUUGUUAUCUUUCCUUUUACCAAUGCAAAAUAGAACUUUAAUGACGAACAUGAGCUUAAAAAGUUUUGCCUUGCAUUUGUACAUAGCAGUGAUGUGUAAAGAAAGAAGCAUAUACCAUAGUUUCAUGAGGAUUACAGUGUUACAUACCCAUGUUCUUGAUAAACUUAUGGGACAUCACUGUUAAAUAUGAAGUAGAAACAAAACACUGCAUACUAAAAUACUGUUUAUCUAGAAAAAAUAGUUGAUGCUAUUAGUUAAUACAUACCGUAACAUAAUUUUGGUAGUGUGUUCAUGUAACCUACUCUCAGAUACUGGAAAAAUGUACCAGCAUACCAGUCCAUGUAUUAUGUAGCUGAUUUUCAUAAUCAAUUUAUUGUUUUUAAAUAUAAGAUUAUUUAAUAAUUAAUCUGAGAAAUGACUCAUAUUAUUAGCAUACAUUCUGUAUGAUGAAUCAGUCUUUCAGUGUUCAAGAUUUGGGUUUUUUUUUUAAGUUUAAAUUUGGGAAAGGUAGAGAGAGAUGGUAUAUAUUGGUGGUAUUACCAUUAUUGCACACGCCCUCCAUGUGAGCAGUCCAUCUCGUCCAUCCCACUGAUGUUCUGUCUGGGGUAUGGUGGGGAUGACUUCAUGUCCAGUGGUAGGACUGAUAACAAUCUCCAUAGUUGUUUUGUACAUACAUGGUACAUGUAAAUGUGUAAGAUAAAUAGAUUACCAUGAAA